GUAUCCUUGUAGCAUGGGGAGGAUGAGGGGUUGGGGACAGGGAGAGGAAAUGCCAGGGGCAUCCCGGGUGCUGGGAGGAAUGGGCUUCAGCACUGGCCACACUGGGCAGCAGGACAAGGCACCCGCCCCCGCCGACCCAAAUCCUCCCUCCCAGGAGCCCGGUGAUGCUGCCCAGGCUGUGAACAGGGGAGGCGGUGCUGUGGGGGCUGCCGGCAGCCGGGGCUGGAGAGAGACAUGUGGACACGUGGCCUCUAUGGCUCCCGCCUACCAGAUCCUCCGCUGGGCCCUUACCCUGGGGCUGGGCCUCACAUUCGAAGUCAUACACGCCUUCCAGUCUCAAGAUGAGUUCCUGUCCAGUCUGGAGAGCUAUGAGAUCGCCUUCCCCACACGAGUGGACCACAAUGGGGCCCUGCUGGCCUUCUCGCCCCCCGCGCCCCAGAGGCAGCGUCGGGGCAUAGGGCCAGCCCCAGAGUCCCGCCUCUACUAUAAGGUGGCCGCGCCCAGCACCCACUUCCUGCUGAACCUGACGCGCAGCCCCCGCCUUCUAGCAGGGCAUGUCUCCGUGGAGUACUGGACACGGGAGGGCCUGGCCUGGCAGAGGGCUGCCCGGCCCCACUGCCUCUACGCCGGCCACCUGCAGGGUCAGGCUGGCAGCUCCCAUGUGGCCAUCAGCACCUGUGGGGGCCUGCAUGGCCUGAUUGUGGCAGAUGAAGAAGAAUAUUUGAUCGAGCCCCUGCAAGUUGGGCCCAAAGGGACCCAGGGCCCAGAGGACAGUGGCCCCCAUGUGGUGUACAAGCGCUCCUCUCUGCGUCACCCCCACCUGGACACAGCCUGCGGAGUGAGAGAUGAGAAGCCAUGGAAGGGGCGGCCAUGGUGGCUCCGUACCCUGAAGCCGCCCCCCGCCAGGCCCCUGGGGAAUGAGACCGAGCGUGGCCAGCCAGGCCUGAAGCGCUCCGUCAGCCGCGAGCGCUACGUGGAGACCCUGGUGGUGGCUGACAAGAUGAUGGUGGCCUACCACGGGCGCCGAGAUGUGGAACAGUACGUGCUGGCCAUCAUGAACAUUGUUGCCAAACUUUUCCAGGACUCAAGUCUGGGAAACAUCGUUAAUAUCCUGGUGACACGCCUCAUCCUGCUCACGGAGGACCAGCCGACCCUGGAGAUCACCCACCAUGCCGGGAAGUCCCUGGACAGCUUCUGUAAGUGGCAGAAAUCCAUCGUGAAUCGCAGCGGCCAUGGCAAUGCCAUUCCGGAGAACGGUGUGGCCAACCACGACACAGCAGUGCUCAUCACACGCUAUGACAUCUGCAUCUAUAGGAACAAGCCCUGUGGCACACUAGGCCUGGCCCCCGUGGGCGGCAUGUGCGAGCGGGAGAGGAGCUGCAGCAUCAAUGAGGACAUUGGUCUGGCCACCGCCUUCACUAUCGCCCACGAGAUUGGACACACGUUUGGCAUGAACCACGACGGUGUAGGGAACAGCUGUGGGGCCCGUGGCCAGGACCCGGCCAAGCUCAUGGCUGCCCAUAUCACCAUGAAGACCAACCCUUUUGUGUGGUCAUCCUGCAGCCGCGACUACAUCACCAGCUUUCUGGACUCAGGCCUGGGGCUGUGCCUGAACAACCGGCCCCCCAGACAGGACUUCGUGUACCCCACGGUGGCACCCGGCCAGGCCUACGACGCAGACGAACAGUGCCGCUUCCAACAUGGAGUCAAAUCGCGUCAGUGUAAAUACGGGGAGGUCUGCAGCGAGCUGUGGUGUCUGAGCAAGAGCAACCGGUGCAUCACCAACAGCAUUCCUGCAGCAGAGGGCACGCUGUGCCAGACGCACACCAUCGACAAGGGGUGGUGCUACAAGCGCGUGUGCGUCCCUUUCGGGUCGCGGCCGGAGGGCGUGGACGGAGCCUGGGGCCCGUGGACCCCGUGGGGCGACUGCAGCCGGACGUGCGGCGGCGGCGUGUCCUCCUCCAGCCGUCACUGCGACAGCCCCAGGCCAACAAUCGGGGGCAAGUACUGCCUGGGUGAAAGACGGCGGCACCGCUCCUGCAACACCGACGACUGUCCCCCAGGCUCCCAGGACUUCCGGGAAAUGCAAUGCUCUGAAUUUGACAGCAUCCCUUUCCGUGGAAAAUUCUACACGUGGAAGACAUACCGAGGAGGGGGCGUGAAGGCCUGCUCACUCACAUGCCUGGCCGAAGGCUUCAACUUCUACACAGAGAGAGCGGCUGCCGUGGUGGACGGGACGCCCUGUCGCCCUGACACAGUGGACAUUUGUGUCAGCGGCGAGUGCAAGCACGUGGGCUGCGACCGGGUCCUGGGCUCCGACCUGAGGGAGGACAAGUGUCGGGUUUGCGGUGGUGACGGCAGUGCCUGUGAAACCAUUGAGGGGGUCUUCAGCCCAGCCUCACCUGCAGCUGGGUAUGAGGAAGUCGUCUGGAUCCCCAAAGGCUCCGUCCACAUCUUCAUCCAGGACCUGAACCUCUCCCUCAGUCACCUGGCCCUGAAGGGGGACCAGGAAUCCCUGCUGCUGGAGGGGCUGCCUGGGACCCCCCAGCCCCACCGCCUGCCCCUGGCUGGGACCACCUUUCAGCUGCGACAGGGGCCAGAUCAGACGCAGAGCCUAGAAGCCCUGGGACCCAUAAACACAUCUCUCAUCAUCAUGGUACUGGCCCGGACAGAGCUGGCUGCCCUCCGCUACCGCUUCAACGCGCCCAUUGCCCGAGACGUGCUGCCUCCCUACUCCUGGCACUAUGCGCCCUGGACCAAGUGCUCGGCCCAGUGUGCCGGCGGCAGCCAGGUGCAGGCCGUGGAGUGCCGCAAUCAGUUGGACAGCUCGGCGGUGGCCCCCCACCAUUGCAGCGCCCACAGCAAGCUCCCCAAGAGGCAGCGUGCCUGCAACACGGAGCCUUGCCCACCAGACUGGGUUGUAGGGAACUGGUCCCGCUGCAGCCGCAGCUGCGAUGCGGGGGUGCGUAGCCGCUCAGUGGUGUGCCAGCGCCGGGUGUCAGCCGAGGAGGAGAAGGCGCUGGAUGACAGUGCGUGCCCGCAGCCGCGCCCACCAGUUCUGGAGGCCUGCCAAGGCCCCGCUUGCCCGCCCGAGUGGGCUGCCCUGGACUGGUCAGAGUGCACCCCCAGCUGCGGGCCAGGCCUCCGCCACCGCAUUGUCCUGUGCAAGAGCUCCGACCAUCGCGCCACGCUGCCCCCUGCGCACUGCCCGCCCGCAGCCAAGCCACCAGCCACCAUGCGCUGCAACUUGCGCCGCUGUCCCCCAGCCCGCUGGGUGACAGGCGAGUGGGGCGAGUGCUCCGCGCAGUGUGGGAUCGGGCAGCAACAGCGCGCGGUGCGCUGCUCCAGCCACACCGGCCAGCCGUCGGGCGAGUGCGCAGAGGCUCUGCGGCCCCCGUCCACACAGCAGUGCGAAGCCAAGUGCGACAGCGCGCCCCCCGGGGACGGCCCCGAAGAGUGCAAAGACGUGAACAAGGUCGCCUACUGCCCCCUGGUGCUCAAAUUUCAGUUCUGCAGCAGAGCCUACUUCCGCCAGAUGUGCUGCAAAACCUGCCAUGGCCGCUAGGGGGCGCCCCCCCAGAGCUACCGCUGGGCGCCGACUGGAGGGGACCCCGCCCGCAUCUGGCCAGCCUGAAGGAGCCCGAGGGGGCGGGAGCUGGGAGUAAAGGAUGAGACGAAGCCGGAAGUUAUUUAUUGGGAACCCCUAAAGGGCCCCUGGCUGGGGGAUGGAGAGGGGCUACCCACCCCAGGGCCCCUCCUCAUCCCCUCUCCCAGUUCAUAGUGAGACCCCCUCCAGGGUGGGUUUGAGAAGGGAACAACUGUUCGCCCUAGAGCCCUUUUCACCCACUCCUAGGGAGCCCCUAAUACUACCCCCCCUUUGACCGGAAUAUGUACUGUGAAGAGUGGGGGUGGGGAGGGGGUCUGCCUGUGUCCUGCCCCCAGCACUGCCCUAUCCCUCCACUCUGAGCUGGGGGCGGGGGAGGGGGAGGGUCUAUGUCCGCUAUGGGGGAGGGGGAUUAGCACCACCUCCCUGACACCCUCCCCCUGACCAGACCAGCUACAAGGCUGAGGCAGAGCUGGCAAGAUCCACCACAACCUCUGCCCUGCCUGCCCCAGGGGGACCCCGACAUCCAGGCGCCCCCAUCAUGGUGCUACAGACCCCGCCCUGGGGCCCACACACCCCUCGCCAGGAAGCCCUCCAUCAAUAAAGUUCUGUCUUGUGUA